AUGGCUUCCAAGGUCAGACUAACUUUGUCAGAUAACGAACUUAUUGAUAUCUUCAUGGGCACGCAUCAAUGGUUGUAUUUUGAGAAGCUAAUUAGAAGUUCUUCUACAAACUUCACAGAUAUGGUAACUAUUGGUGAACGUGUUGAAAAUGGGUUGAAAUCGGGGAAGAUCGUAGAUACCACUGCUCAACAAACUAAGAAUAAGAAGCCACAUAGGGGCUUCGCGAAAAAGAAGGAAGGGGAGACAAGUGUUGUGACGCCGCAAUGUCAGUAUCAACCACAGAACAACAAUCAACAAUCAUCACCUACUAAGAAAAAUCAGAAUCAACAGUACAACCGUGACAAAAGGGGCCAAGGCCAAGGCCAGAAUAACAGGAACAACUUUGGUAAACGCCCUCAGAUUGAUAAAUUUCUGGUGCCAUACAAUGAAUUUUUGCCAUAUUUGAUUCACGUAGGGGCCAUCGUACCGAAAGAAAUUCAUGCAGCCUCUCCUACCUUUCAUCCUAAGCAAAAUCAUAAUGCCUCGUGCACCUUCCAUGCCGGGUAUAUAGGACAUUCUACAGAGGACUGUUGGACCCUAAAAAAUAAGAUCCAAGACUUGAUUAAUCAGAAGGUUUUGUCUUUCUCUGAGGAAAAUCCUAACGCGAAAACAAACCCUUUGCCUAAUCAUUGUGGUUCAGCAGUCAAUGCUAUUAUUGAAGAGGAAAAUACAGAAUAUGCACUACGGGGUGGCAAUGUGAAGACUCUGAUGUCAGUUGUAUUGAAGAGACUUGAACAGUUUGGGUUUCUAACUGGCAUACAUGAAGAUUGCGCAGUAUGUGAAUAUGAUCCGGAUAAUUGUAGUAAUUUGAAGGGUUGUGUGCAAAAGAUGAUGGAUCAAGGGCUGAUACAGUUCUCCAAGUCCAAGGAAGUAGAAGAAAUUGCAGAGAUCAAACUAAUAACAAUCGUGUAUAGGAAGAAGAAGGUUGAAGCUCCUCCCAAGAGGAUUCAACCAUACAAUUUCCGUGUUCCUAGUCUGUUUCCGUAUCAGAACACCAAGGCGGUGCCCUGGAAUUAUGAAACAACGGCAUACGUGGGUGGAAAAUAA